GUUAGUUUAAAAAUUUUACCUAAUGAGAAGGGUUUUACAACGUUAGGAAUUUGUUUUCAAACAAAUAUCCAAACGGGAACAUAUAAUAACGUUAAAGACACCUAAUAUAAAGUGAGUCUGCAUUUCCUGUCAUGAACAUCACUGUAGAAUUGUAUUUAACUUUACAAGGUGGUUGUCUAGAUACAAUACCACAGACAUGAAUAAUCAAUAACUGUCGUGUCAAACACCAGAAAAUAACUUUUCACACGUUUAUCACUUCCAUUUAUCACAAUGUAAGAUCAUUUUCUUUUUAGUGUGUCCUAGGAUAACACACUCGCCAAUGUGCAUUCAUAAGAACUCAUCAACCAAAAAUGUCUGACGACAGCAUCAAAUUUAUAUUUAUAUCAAAUAACAUAAUUGAUAGAAAUUGCAUGUUUAUAGAGAUAUAACAAUUAUGCUUCUCAGUAAAUGUGUUCUCUCAUCUACAUUUUAAGAGUCUGAUCCAAGAUUCAAGAGAGUUUCAGUUUUAGUUCUUUGUGUGUUUAACUUGAAGUUGGUUCAUCUGGUCUGACCUGUUCACAACACUUACCAGGAAGUGACUGUCUUAUUAUUUUUCUCUUUACUGUCGUACUGACUCUAGAAAGGAAUCAGUGCAGAACGAAAGGAAACUUUGACAAGGAGGAGGGUGGGGCAAAUCCGGGCUGUGAUUAUGCACGCCCGGCCCCAAUCAGGUAAAUGCAGCAGCAGUUCGGGGGAGAGAGAGCCACAUGCAGAUUCUGUGUCUUUCUGUUUACGUUUUCAUUAAACCAUUAUUUUGACUGUUCAGAAAGUUCCCGCCUCCUCUUUUCACAUUUCAAACGUGUUACAGAAACACUUUUAAAAAUGAUUUUUGUGAAGUUUGUUUCAGAGUCGACAGCAGAUCUUUGGUGAUUCUGAUGAUUAUUCAUUAUUGAAAGCAACAUUCAGAAAGUGAAAGUAAAGUUCAGAUUGUUGGAGCUUUUAUAAACCGUGAAAAUGGAUUCACUCUCUGUGGAAGAACUUUCUUGUCCCGUGUGCUGUGAAAUCUACAAGAAUCCUGUUGUUCUGUCGUGUAGUCACAGUGUGUGUAAAGAGUGUCUUCAACAGUUCUGGAAAACCAAGAGAACUCAGGAGUGUCCCGUCUGCAGGAGAAGAUCUUCAAGAGAUGAACCUCCUCGUAAUCUGGCAUUGAAGAACUUAUGUGAGAUGUUUGUGAAGGAGAGAAAUGAGGAGGAGAUCUGCAGUUUACACAGAGAGAAACUCAAACUCUUCUGUCUGGACGAUAAACAGCCGGUGUGUUUAGUGUGCAGAGAUUCAGAGAAACACGUCAAUCAUAAAUUCAGACCCAUCAGUGAAGUUCUUCCAUCUUACAAGGAGAAACUCAAUACAGCACUGAAGUCUUUACAAGAGAAACUCAAACACACAGAAAACAUGAAAGGAGAGUGUGAUAAAUCAGUGCGACACAUCAAGACUCAAGCUGAGCACACAGAGCGUCAGAUUAAAGAGCAGUUUAAGAAGCUUCAUGAGUUUCUCCGACAUGAAGAAGAAGCUACAAUCACUGAACUGAGAGAGGAAGAGGAGCAGAAGAGUCAGAUGAUGAAGAAGAAGCUUGAGGAGAUGAACACACACAUCUCAGCUCUUUCACACACAAUCAAAGACAUGGAGGAAAUGAUGAAAGCCAAUGACGAUGUCUCAUUUCUAAAGAACUUUAAUGUGACAAUGGAAAGAGUCCAGAUCUCACAGCCGGAUCCACAGAUGACUUCUGGAGCUUUCAUUCAUGUGCCACAUUACUUGGGCAACCUGACAUUCAGAGUCUGGAAGAAGAUGCGAGACAUUGUCCACAAGACUCCUGUGAUUCUGGAUCCAAACACUGCACAUCCAAAUCUGAUCCUGUCUGAUGAUCUGAAAAGUAUGAGUUGCAGCAAGAACAAUCAAAUAUUACCUGAUAAUCCAGAGAGAUUUGAUAUAUAUUCAUGUGUUCUGGGUUCAGAGGGGUUUAACUCAGGAACACACUGCUGGGAUGUGGAGGUUAAAGACAAUAUAUGCUGGACUCUUGGAGUAACUACAGCAUCAAACCCGAGGAAGAGAAGAGUUUUCUUUGACACUGAUGUCUGGAGCGUGGCGAACAGUAAUCAUGGAUUUAUCUCAAGGUGUUCCUCUACUGUUUUUCAUGCCAAACAGAAACUUGAGCAUGUGAGAGUUCAUCUGGAUUAUGACGGAGGAAAAGUGUCAUUCUCUGAUCCUGUAACUAACACACAUCUGCACACAUUCACACAAACAUUUACACACACACUCUUGCCAUUCUUCUGGAGUUGUGAUGUCACAUCCUCUCUGAGGAUUUUACCAGUAAAAUGUUUGUAACAACAGAAAAUCCACAUUGUGUCGAUGUGUGACA